AUGGGCCAGCAGGCGACGCCCGAGGAGCUAUACACACGCUCAGAGAUCUCCAAGAUCAAAUUCGCACCCUUUGGCGUCCCGCGGUCGCGCCGGCUGCAGACCUUCUCCGUCUUUGCCUGGACGACGGCACUGCCCAUCCUACUCGGCGUCUUCUUCCUCCUCUGCUCGUUCCCACCGCUCUGGCCGGCUGUCAUUGCCUACCUCACCUGGGUCUUUUUCAUUGACCAGGCGCCGAUUCACGGUGGACGGGCGCAGUCUUGGCUGCGGAAGAGUCGGAUAUGGGUCUGGUUUGCAGGAUACUAUCCCGUCAGCUUGAUCAAGAGCGCCGACUUGCCGCCUGACCGGAAGUACGUCUUUGGCUACCACCCGCACGGCGUCAUAGGCAUGGGCGCCAUCGCCAACUUCGCGACCGACGCAACCGGCUUCUCGACACUCUUCCCCGGCUUGAACCCUCACCUCCUCACCCUCCAAAGCAACUUCAAGCUCCCGCUCUACCGCGAGUUGCUGCUCGCUCUCGGCAUAUGCUCCGUCUCGAUGAAGAGCUGUCAGAACAUUCUGCGGCAAGGUCCUGGCUCGGCUCUCACUAUCGUCGUCGGUGGCGCCGCCGAGAGCUUGAGUGCGCAUCCCGGAACCGCCGAUCUUACGCUCAAGCGACGAAAAGGCUUCAUCAAACUCGCGAUCCGGCAAGGCGCCGACCUUGUGCCCGUCUUUUCGUUCGGCGAGAACGACAUCUUUGGCCAGCUGCGAAACGAGCGAGGAACGCGGCUGUACAAGUUGCAGAAGCGUUUCCAAGGCGUGUUUGGCUUCACCCUCCCUCUCUUCUACGGCCGGGGACUCUUCAACUACAACGUCGGAUUGAUGCCGUAUCGCCAUCCGAUCGUCUCUGUCGUCGGUCGACCAAUCUCGGUAGAGCAGAAGGACCACCCGACCACGGCGGACCUCGAAGAAGUUCAGGCGCGGUAUAUCGCAGAACUCAAGCGCAUCUGGGAAGAAUACAAGGACGCCUACGCCAAAAGUCGCACGCGGGAGCUCAAUAUUAUCGCCUGA